CUUCCACCAUGUAUGAGAACAUAGAUUUUACAACUACAAGAGGCAGUGAAAUAUCUCAGGACAUUGGAGAGGAAACAGUUCAGACUCCAGAUUCCUCUACACACCUUGAUGCUGGCCUUUCUCUACAAGGAGCAGAGACUGAAAAACCUCCCCUGGAUGUCCAAGGAAAACCCUACAGCACUGUUUUACUAAUGUUUGGUCUGUUGAUCAUCGUGGUUGUUGUUGAUAUUGGCGUUCGAGUCAAAAUCUCGGCCUUACUGCAAGAAAAUCUGAAACAUAAGGACCAUUACUGGUGUCAGAAUCAGGCCCAAGAAAAUCAGAACCAGAGCAUGAAAGAAUGGCAGGAGCUUCGUGAGUCACAUUUCUACUACGCAUCCACUGAGAGGAAAAACUGGACCGAGAGCAGCAAAGACUGCAAGAGCAGAGGAGGAGAUCUGGUGGUUCUAAAUUACCUAGAGAAACAGGAAAUGAUUAGAAGACUGAAGAUACAUGGAGAUUCCUGGAUUGGUCUUCAAACUUCAAACGAGUGGACUGUGAAAUGGAAAUGGGUAGAUGGAUCUAACCUAGAAUCUAGUUCCUGGAAGAAAGACAUAAAGGUCAUAACGGAGCCAGGGCUCAAAGCAUUUACUGAUCAAGAGGGACAAUGGAUGUUCAAUAAAACUGGAUUAAAAUACUGGAUCUGUGAGAAGAGAAAUGUCCAGUAUGUUGGUGAUCUUAAACCUGGAAAGAACAUCAAUAAAAAUUAAGUACUAUAUACAAAGAAAAUGUACAAUUAUAAUUAUUAUAUGAGCAAAUUCAGUGCAAUCAGUACUCCAGUAGCCACAAAGUAAAACC